AUGCGGUCCUAUACUCUGCUCAGUGCCGUCACCCUUCUGGGCCUAUCCAGCCUAACCGCAACACAGACCCUCAACAUCGUCGCGCAUCAAGACGAUGAUCUCCUCUUCCAGAACCCACAGAUCAUCCACGACAUCACCGCUGGCCGGCGUGUCCGCACCGUCUAUCUGACGGCUGGUGAUGCAGGGAAGGAUUCAACUUACUGGACCUCCCGCCAAACUGGCGCUCUUGAGGCCUAUGCAGCCAUGGCCGGCGUUCCCAGUCAUUGGGAUGAAUCCGAUGCUGGCGUGCAGGGCAAAGACAUCCCCCUAUACACGCUACGCGAUCGUCCAAUCUCCAUUGCCUUCAUGCAUAUGCCAGACGGCAGCGUGGACGGCGAUGGCUUCGGCACCACUGGCCACGAGACACUGGAGAAAUUAUGGAAAGACAAGAUCCCGUCUAUUAGAACAAUCGAUGAGUCUGGCACGAGGUACACGCGCGCUGAGUUGCUCAACGCCCUGACUCAGAUCAUCAACGACUUCAACCCGGACAGUAUCAAUUCACUCGACUUCAUCCACGGUUACGGCACUGGGGACCACAGCGACCACACCGCGGCAGGACUGUUCGCUAACGAGUCGGCCAAGCCGUCCAGGUUCCUAGGAGAUGUCAUGGCGUACCGGGGGUAUCCGAUCAAGAACGAACCGGCCAAUGUGGCAGGAAAGGACCUCGAUGCAAAGAAGGCUGCCUUCUACACCUACGGCAACUAUGACUCAUUAGUGUGUGCCUCAGAUCAAUCGUGCGUGGGCAAGGAGUAUGAGCUGUGGUUGACCAGGCAGUAUAUUGCCAACUAUACCUGA